CGCCUCUGAGAUGAGCUCGAGGAUUUACUGCGCGCUUCAGACACUCUGCUGCUUCCACACUUUUUUUAACUGGACUGCCAGAGCACAUUUGAAACACUGACCCAGUGGAGUGGGUGACUUUUGAAUGAUGCUGGAUUUCCAAGUUUAGCCUGCCAAAGUGUCUGAGUCAUCCAAGACGUGAAUGUGAGCAGCAUUUUCCUGCCUCUGAGCUCGACUUCAGACUUUGUGAAUCGUCGCUUUCCGGCGCAGUUUGUGUUGCAGGUGCGCUAAAAGGAGCCCGAGGACAGAUGGCUGCGCUGGCGAUUCAAAGGACUGACAACUUUUUGCACACCUUUUUACAGGACCGGACACCCAGCUCCUCUCCAGAGGGAGCACCUAACGCCCUCUCCUUCCUUGCCACCACCUGUAGCCAGGCCUGGCAGGUUGGAGGCACGAUGGGCUCAGAAGGCUCACAGUUUCCGUACGAGGGCACCGUCAGCUCCACGUCAGGAAUGUUCCAGCUGUGGAGCAACGAAAUGACACCCAGCACGGCCCUCAGCACCCAUCAGAUGACCUUCACCGUGCCCAAAGUGCAGUUUCCUGGUCACAUGCAAUCUGGUCUGGGUCACCACCACCAUCAUCACCCUCACCAUCACCACCACCACCACCACGAGCUGCCUCUCACCCCACCGGCCGAGCCUCCCUCUUCGUACUCCUUUGAACUCUCUCCUGUCAAAGUGUUGUCUUCGCAGCCACAGACAAACAGCGGCUAUUACCCUCAGCACAACAGUGUGGGACAAAACUUUCCAAGCUUCUUGCAGAACUCCUCCACCAGACAUCACCUGUCUGGAGGCCCUGUGGAGGAAUCCCAGCAGUGGUGGAGCCUGCCCCAAACUAACGCCACCCCGUCCAACCACCCCUUCUCCCUAGGCAGACAGUUAGUUCUGGGGCACCAACCCCAGAUAGCAGCUCUUCUCCAGGGCACCUCCAAGGGCCUGCUGAGCUCCACUCGCCGCUGCCGCCGCUGCAAGUGCCCCAACUGCCAGACCAACGGUGGUGGGUUAGAAUUCGGAAAGAAGAGACUGCACAUCUGCCACAUCCCUGAAUGUGGCAAAGUGUACAAGAAGACAUCGCACCUCAAGGCGCAUCUGCGGUGGCAUGCCGGGGAGAGACCCUUCAUCUGUAACUGGCUGUUCUGUGGUAAGAGUUUUACCCGCUCAGACGAGCUGCAGCGGCACCUCCGCACCCACACCGGGGAGAAGCGCUUUGGGUGCCAGCAGUGCGGGAAGAGGUUCAUGAGGAGCGACCACCUAUCCAAACAUGUCAAGACCCACCAGAGCAGGAAGAGUCGGUCGGGGCCACCAUCGCAGAGCACGGAUCCUCGGCUCGCCAAUAUCAAGAGAGAGUAAUCUUUCUGCGCUCCUCCAUUCAUAAAUAUCUCCAACAACAAACAGACUGUGUGACUUACACUGACUGCCAUAGUUUUGCACUAGAGGGAACGCUUCUAGCUCCCUUAACAUGAUCUGUUGUCAUAAGAUCUACUUUUGACUUCAAGUAGAACAACAAAAUGAUAUUUAGAGGCAAUUUUUAAUUCAAGUUAUCAUGUUCUUUUUGAAGUGAGGCACCUUGAAAGGAAACCUGAAGACUUAUUUAUAAGAUAUUGUGGGUUUUUCUGAAUUCAUUGUACUAUCCAACAUGCUGAACAAACAGACUUCAGCUAUAAUGGCUUUGUCUUGACUAAUUAAGACUUGUUUUAAACUCAUUUUGUAAAUAAUUAAUCCGUGUGAAGUACGUAGCGGACAUGAACAAAAUGCACAAGGUUUACCAGAAUAUGUUGUUAAUACUAUCAUUAUGUUAAAAAAAAUGUAUGCCUUUCUACAGCUGAAGGUUGCUGUAUAAAAAUGAUAAUUUCUUCAAAAAGUAAUUUGAUUUGAUUUCAAAACGAGGGUCUCUACUUCAAGGUAGAGAUGUUUUUUUUGAAAUAUGAGUCUUUGAUCUGCAGAUUUCUGCAGCAGAGUGAAGUACUGUUAAAGCUCCAGAUUAUAAAACAUUUUAAAGUUCUUGUAAAUUAUGUAUAAAUAUCUUGAACAGUUUUAACGGGGUUA